UACGCACUCCAGAGGAACAGAGCGGUCAAACUAUCAGUAACAGUUGAACUACUUUGCUGUGGGAAUUCCUGCCUGGGGUCGGAAUACUUUUGUUUAGCUUUGUUUUUGGGUUCAAGCUGAAAUAAAUGUCGGCUCUGACUCAAGUCCUGAGUCCUGGAGCUUGCGCUUACCUGUGGAGCAAAUGUGUCAACUGGCAAGCAACGGUUUCCGCUAGUGCCGUGUUGUGAUGGCUAGUCCUCGUCGCUAGCAGCAGGCUGGCUAGCAGUAUGUAUGGCUGGUCUCGGUACUGCUGCAAAGAAGGCGAUCAUUAGCUCGCAAGCGGGCUACAAUCGCUCGGUUGUUAGUUUGUUGUAGACAGUUUGCCAUCUCUUAACACUACUGAUAAGGACACAUAACGGACAAUGCGUUGGAUAUCACAGUAAGAAAGAUCACCAGAUGGAAAUAUUAUAUUAAUACCAAGUGGAUUACUUAUCAUGCCUUUCAAAAUCAUGGAGUACAUUUCUUCACAACAACAUGCGCGCCGUUAAAUCAAAUCUCGACCACUGCUGCAGAGAUUCCCUGUCCUUACGUUUGGAUUUAUCAGGCGGUUUUUAAAGACCAGCAGCCACGACUAGAUGUGCACUGAUUUUUUUUAAAUGUGCUUCCGGUAAAAUAUUUAUUAUGUGUCUACACUGGUUGGAUGUGCUCAGAUUCCUAUAAACAUUAUCGUGACUUCGUGCGACGGAAGCCCAAGAAAGGAAGUCCAGGACGGGAUAGGUACACAGAAACUACCUGCUCCUAAAGAAACAUGGCCUCGGUUUGGAAGAGACUGCAACGUGUGGGGAAACAUGCCUCCAAAUUCCAGUUCGUGGCUUCCUAUCAGGAACUGAUGGUGGAAUGCACUAAGAAAUGGCAACCAGACAAACUGGUGGUGGUUUGGACACGCAGGAGUCGGCGGAAAUCCUCCAAGGCCCACAGCUGGCAGCCUGGCAUCAAAAAUCCCUACAGAGGAGUGGUGGUAUGGCCUGUACCAGAGAACAUAGAAAUCACGGUCACUCUUUUUAAGGACCCCCAUGCGGAGGAGUUUGAAGACAAAGAGUGGACGUUUGUUAUUGAAAAUGAGUCUCCAUCAGGGCGGAGAAAGGCCUUGGCCACCAGUAGUAUAAACAUGAAACAGUAUGCCAGUCCAAUGCCCACGCAGACGGAUGUCAAACUCAAGUUCAAGCCCCUGUCAAAGAAGGUGGUGUCAGCCACUCUGCAGUUCUCCCUCUCCUGCAUCUUCCUCCGUGAGGGAAAAGCCACUGAUGAGGACAUGCAAAGCCUGGCCAGCCUGAUGAGCAUGAAGCAGGCUGACAUCGGCAACCUGGACGACUUUGAGGAGGAGAACGAGGAAGACGAGGAGAACAGGGUUAACCAGGAGGAGAAGGCUGCCAAGAUCACAGAGAUAGUAAACCAGUUGAAUGCCCUCAGCUGCUUACAUGGGGAUGAUGAUGAUGAUGAUGUCCUUAUGCGAGCACGCAAAGCAACCGCUAAGCCUGCCGCUUCCUCCCAAGAGCUCAUCAACAAGCUGAACUUCCUGGAAGACGAGGAUCAGGAAGCGUCUCCUGACAUGGGCACUAAUCCCUUCGAUGAACCUGAUGGCGACCUUCAUCCUAACCACCUCAACCCGUUUGGUGAUCCUGACGAGGAAGAGCCCCCUGCCCAGCUGGUCUUAAGGCAGCGAGUUGAUGAGGAUUCCUUCUAUGGCCACGACCCCUCGAAUCCGUUUGAUGAGCCAGAUGAACCUGGGACUGAAACACCCCCAGGGAACCCUUUCGAUGAGCCCGACCAGGACAUGGACCUCCAGCCAGACCCAGAACCCCCCAAGCCCAGGCAGAGGAAAGGAGUACGGCCUGUCGACAUGAGCAAGUACUUAUACGCCGACAUCUCUCACAAUGAGGAGGAGAUGCUUGAUGAAUCCAACCCGUUCUACGAGCCAAGGACAUCAAGCCCUGUGCGGCCCUCCGCUGGCAGCCCGUCCCUGGAUGUGGGCAGCGGCCAGAAGAGGAGGGCUCCACCGCUCCCAAGUUCCAGCCCUGGCCUUGGCCCAAGUUUGCCAGCUCCCAAACCCAGCUCUAGCCCAGACAGGGAGAGAGCCCAGCCAGUCGGGCCCAGCCCAGUUGCAGCAGUGAUGGGGAGAGAGCAGGCCUCCUCUUCCCCCAAGCCCAGCCCCGUCCCAAGCCCAAUUCUGGGGGGGAAGCCCAACGCCAGCCAGUCUCUACUGGUCUGGUGCCGCGAGGUCACCAAGAACUACCGCGGGGUUAAGAUCACCAACUUCACCACCUCCUGGAGGAAUGGGCUGGCCUUCUGCGCCCUGCUGCACCACUUCAGACCUGACACAAUGGACUACAAGUCACUCAAUCCUCAGGAUAUUAAAGAAAACAACAAAAAGGCAUAUGAUGGCUUUGCGAGCCUGGGUAUCUCCCGUCUCCUGGAACCAUCAGACAUGGUGCUGCUGGCCAUUCCUGACAAGCUAACCGUAAUGACCUACCUGUACCAGAUCCGGGCCCACUUCUCCGGUGAGGAACUCAACGUGGUGCAGAUAGAGGCCAACAGCAGUCGCAGCACCUACAAGGUGGGCGACUUUGAAACGGAUACAAACGCCUCCAUAGGUCAGGACAAGUUCUAUGCUGAACUCAACGACGUGCAGCACCACCAGGCUAAUUCUGAGCCCGUUGAAUCUGCUGGUGGUGUUAACACUGAAUCCAAUGGCAUUAAAGCCGCUGAGGAAGAGGUGAUGGAGCCGGUUCGGAAGGCCGAAGUAGGAGCUGUCAGCUUGCCAGCAGCAAGGCCUUUGCAGUCCUCCCCUCCUGUCCCAUCGCCACGCACAGCGUUAGCCGCUGCAGCGACAGACUCGACCCACGUGACGCCGUCAAGCUCUGAGUACAGGGGGAAUCUGCUCAAAGCCAACACUUUAGACCUUAGCGAGUUACCACAGAGAGUGGAGAGAGAAAUGGAGAAGGGAAGACAGCAGAAGGAUGAGGUGGAAGAGGAAAGAAGAGAGGCAAGUACAGACCCAGGGUCCCCCACCAGGAGAGGGGCCUUACCGCCCCACCACAAACUGGGUUUCUCCUAUAACAGGGAUGCCGACCUCAUCAAGAAGAAGAGGGCCAGCCUGCGUCACUCGGAGUCUGAGCCAGCCUCAGACAUCAGCUCUCCUCCAGUCAACCACACAGACACGCCUCCCAAACAGGAGCCAACAACUGCACCUGUAUCAAGUCCCCCUGCUGAGAAGAAGGUGCUGUCUCGUCAGGAGGAGCUUAAAGAGAGAGCCAGAGUUCUCCUGGAGCAGGCCCGCAGAGAUGCUGCAAUGAAGGCAGGCAACAAGAACGUCCCCAACUCAGCCGUCACUGCGCCAAACAGUGCCACAAAUGUCUGCGAUGAGCGGGAUGCAGAGCGGCGGAGACAGCUGAGAGAGCGAGCUAGGCAGCUUAUAGCUGAGGCUCGAUCUGGAGUCAAGAUGUCUGACAUGAGCCUGCUGGAUCCAACCAGCAGUGAGAGAGGCAAGGCCAACAAGGCUAGCCCUGCUGGAGAUGUUUCGGAUGGCGUGAGAGGUUAUCGUGAGGAUGAUGAUGUUGAUGGUGAAAGGGGUGAGGAUGAGGAAGAGGGGAGGGCUGAGGAAGAGCAGGUCCAUUUUGGUGGUGGUGGUAGUGAUGAUGAUGAUGAUGAUGAUGAUGAUACUGUUGCUGCCACAUCUGCAUCUGCGCUGGUUACUAACCCACUGCCACUGGAGGCCCCUCGUCCAGCCACCUCCAGCACCCACGUACCCCUGGAGCUUACUAACCCCGGCUCUGAGCUAACUUCUCUGGGUACUAACAGUAAGCAUGUGGAUCUGAAGCUGCAGAAGCUGGUGGAGGUCAGCCCAAGAAGACUCACCUCCCCUUCAUCCCCGUCCUCCACCUCCUCCUCAUCCUUACCCACUACCACCUCCACCUCCCCAGUGAGCCCUACGGAAGGACUGGAGAAUAACGCUGAGGAAUUGCGAGCAGAGCGGCUGCGCAGAGCGACAGAGAGGUUGCGUAGCCCAGUAGUCUUCAACAAGGAUUCUGCAGUCAGGAAAACACAGCUGAAGUCCUUCAGCCAGUAUGUGGAGAGCCGACCAGAGGUGAAGAGGCAGAAGUCUGUUCCUGAGGAUCUGAAGAAGGCUGAAGAGGAUAGAGGUUCACCGACGGACCUUGAUAUUCGCCGACCAUUUGAAGAGGAGAAGGCGUUCAAAGACACCAGUCAGUAUGUGGUUGGGGAGCUGUCUGCGCUGGAGAGCGAGCAGAGGCACAUAGACGCCCGAGCAGCUCGCGUGGAGAAGAGGCUGCGCUAUCUCAUGGACACAGGCAACAACAAGGAGGAGGAGGAGGCCAUGAUGCAGGAGUGGUUCAUGCUGGUCAACAAGAAGAAUGCACUCAUCAGACGACAGAACCAGCUCUCUCUGCUGGAGAAAGAGCACGAUCUGGAGAGACGCUUCGAACUGCUGAACAGAGAGCUGAGAGCCAUGCUGGCCAUAGAGGACUGGCAGAAGACGGAGGCCCAGAAGAGACGAGAGCAGCUGCUGCUGGAUGAGCUGGUCAUACUGGUCAACAAACGAGACGCGCUGGUCAGGGACCUGGACGCCCAGGAGAAACAGGCCGAGGAGGAGGACGAGCACCUGGAGAGGACGCUGGAGCAGAACAAAGGAAAGAUGGCCAAGAAAGAGGAGAAGUGUGUGCUUCAAUGAUUGUCAUUUUCAGAAAAACGCAACCAACAAAUGUAGCCGAUAAAAAAAAAAAUGUUAUCAUUAUUAUAAGAAUGAAUAUUAUAAUUAUGAUUGGAGAGUGGCUUUCCUAAAUAUUUCUAUUAUUAUUAUAUAUCCUAGUUAUUGGAAUCCUGAUGUGGUGGUUGUUUUGGUAUAAUUACCCACAGAGACCGGGCCGAGUUCAGAGGCCCCUGCGAUGCCUUUGCACCCACUUUAUACUGACUCAAACUGUCCCACUCAUAUACCAUUUUUUUUAAUUAUUUUAAUUCUCCUUUUCUUUACAAAGAACGGUACUUGUAUGUAAUAUAAAUAUGUACGAGACAAGAGCAAACCCUGUGUGACAUUUGCGUGUACUGAUGCAGCAGCAGCACAGCCUUCUCUGUCUGAAUGUGGAGAGCGGUCAGUUUGAGGUACAGCACAACUGGGUUUAAUGGGGGGGGGGACUUUUAUCUUUUCAUCAUGUUGAGAAGAUGACGUUUCAGUUGGACUUUUAAAAGGAAAAAAAAAAUGUUAUAAUAUCAGUCUUUUCGAGCUACUUCAUUACUUGACUGUAUCUUUUAAUUAUUUCAUUUUAGAGUUUUUACUUGUAAAAUAUCUUAAAGGGGGGAACGCAUUCAUAAAUCUUGCAUUAAUCUUAACUUUCCUAUUGCUUUUUUUUUUAUUGUGUUGGCUUGAAAGCAGUUUACCAAAAGUAAGAUCAUGUUUUAAAAAAAAAAAAAAAAAAAAAAAACUUUUGUUGUAUAUUUUCAUCUCUGCUCUGACCAAUAGCUUCCAAAAUCCUCUUUGUUUUGUCAGGAUUCAUGCAGUCAAAAACAAAAAAAUAUAUAUAUUAUUUAUUGCCGUUUGUCCUUUUAAGCUGCUUGUAAGUGAAACUGUCGUCACAUUUCAUGUGCAUUUUGCUCAACAACUUUUGGUUUCUAUUUAUUGUAUUCUGAAGAAGAGAAAUAUGCUUCCACGUGCAUCACUUAGAGCUCCACAUCUGGGGCAGAUGUCCUUUACGUGUUGAACAUUUAUCUGUUUAUUUAUUCCAGUGUCAUAACCCAAGUCUUCAAUAAUAAAGUCCUUAUGAUUUCAUAUUCCACAAA